AUGAGCCGAUCAUCCCCCCAUCCCAUCCAACUCCAAUCCAUGGGCCCCCAGGAUGCCUUGCUUCCCCUGUCGCCGCCACCACCACCAACGCCUGCUAUCCAAAAUCCCUCCUCUAACCCUUGGGCCUCUCAGUGUGGGCCUCCUCCCUGGGGCCUCAGCUGUCUUCUGGCUCUGCAGCAUAUCUUGGUCCUGGCUUCUCUGCUCUGUGCCUCCCAUCUGCUCCUGCUUCAAAGUCUCCCCCCAGGAGAACUUUCGUACUCCCCUGCGCAGCUCUUGGCCUCCAGCCUCUUUUCAUGUGGUGUGUCUACCACCCUGCAAAUUUGGAUAGGCAGCAGGCUCCCUCUUGUCCAGGCUCCAUCCUUAGAGUUCCUUGUCCCUGCUCUGGUGCUGACCAGCCAGAAGCUACCUCUGGCCAUCCAGACACCUGGAAACUCCUCCCUUGUGCUGCGCCUAUGUGGGGGGCCUGGCUGCCAUGGCCCGGGGCUCUGGAACACUUCUCUCAGAGAGGUGUCCGGGGCUGUGGUGGUAUCCGGGCUGCUGCAGGGCACCCUGGGGCUGUUGGGGGGUCCUGGCUACUUGUUCUCCCACUGUGGGCCCCUGGUGCUGGCCCCCAGCCUGGUGGUGGCAGGGUUCUCUGCCCACAGGGAGGUGGCCCUCUUCUGCUCUACUCACUGGGGCCUGGCCUUGCUGCUUAUCUUGCUCAUGGUGGUCUGUUCUCAGCACCUGGGCUCCUGCCAGUUACGUCCCUGCCCCUGGAGGCCAGCUUCAAACUCUUUUCCUCACAUUCCCGUUCCUGUCUUCCGGCUCCUCUCGGUGCUGAUGCCAGUGGCCUGUGUGUGGAUCAUCUCUGCCCUUCUGGGUCUGCGCAUCAUCUCCCCAGAGCUGUCUACCUCCCCUGACGUGCCGUGGGUCUGGCUACCUCACCCAGCUGAGUGGGACUGGCCCUUGCUGACACCCAGGGCUCUGGCUGCUGGCAUCUCCAUGGCUUUGGCAGCCUCCACCAGCUCCCUGGGCUGCUAUGCCCUGUGCGGCCGGCUGCUGCAAUUGCCGUCCCCACCUCCACACGCCUGCAGUCGAGGGCUGAGCCUGGAGGGCCUGGGCAGCGUGCUGGCCGGGCUGUUGGGGAGCCCUAUGGGCACUGCAUCUAGCUUCCCCAAUGUGGGCACAGUGAGUCUUAUCCAGGCUGGCUCUCGGAGAGUGGUGCACCUGGUGGGGCUGCUCUGCAUAGGGCUUGGGCUCUCCCCAAGGCUGGCCCAGCUCCUCACCGCCAUCCCGCUGCCUGUGUUUGGUGGGGUGCUUGGGGUGACCCAGGCCGUGGUUCUGUCUACUGGAUUCUCCAGCUUCCACCUGGCUGACAUUGACUCUGGGCGGAAUGUCUUCAUUGUUGGCUUCUCCAUCUUCAUGGCUCUGCUGUUGCCAAGAUGGCUUCGGGAAGCCCCAGUCCUGCUGACCACAGGUUGGAGCCCCUUAGAUGUGUUACUGCGCUCGCUGCUCACAGAGCCCAUCUUCCUGGCAGGACUCUUGGGCUUCCUCUUAGAGAACACCAUUCCUGGCACAAGGCUUGAGCGAGGCCUAGGUCAAGGGCUGCCAUCUCCUUUCGCUGCCCAAGAGGGUCGGCUGCCUCAGAAGUUCAGGGAGAAGGCUGCCAAAGAGUAUGAACUUCCUUUCCCCAUCCAUAACUUGCGUCCCUACAUCCCUCAGCCCCUCCGUUGCCUCUGCCCACUGCCUGAAGACCCUGGGAAUGAGGAAGGAGGGCCCUCUGAGCCAGGAGAGACAGCCGACUUGUUGCCUGGCUUUGGGGAGCAGUGUCCUGAGUCUAGAAGAGAACUUGGGUCCCAGUGA